AUGAAGGAAGCGAGUGAGGGAGUGGAAAGGGGAAAGGAAAGGGGAAGAGAAGGCACAGCAGCUGCGAGCGUCCAGCCAAAAAUGCAUGUUAAUCCUUUCAAUGCAAACAUUAAAAUCCAUAGAAGAUUAGAGGUAGUAGCGAUGGGUAUGCUGUCUCCUCGAAAGUUUUUGCAGAAGAGAAAGAAAGUGGAAGUAUUCAAAGAUGCAGCAGAUGAAGCUGAUCAGAAGAAUUGGAGGAGACUGAUGAAGCAAAUUGACGAUACGGGUUCUGCAGUUUCAGUGCUUAGAAGGGAAAGAAUCAAGAAUGAUGCCCUUCCUAGAGACCUGGUUUUGGGAACAUUGGUUAGGUUUAAGCAGCUAAAGAAAUGGAGCCUUGUCAGUGAGAUUCUAGAAUGGCUUCAGUCACAACAUUGGUGGGACUUCAAUGAAAUGGAUUUCCUUAUGCUCAUAACUGCUUAUGGAAAGCAAGGAGACUUCAAUGGGGCUGAAAAGGUCUUGAGAUUAAUGAAUGGGAAGGGUUAUGUGCCAAAUGUUGUAUCACACACUGCACUUAUGGAGGCAUAUGGAAGAGGAGGCCGGUAUAACAAUGCUGAAGCCAUCUUUCGGAGGAUGCAGUCUUCAGGCCCUGAACCCUCUGCUUUGACGUAUCAAAUAAUACUCAAAACAUUUGUUGAGGGAAGCAAAUUUAAGGAAGCUGAGGAAGUUUUUGAGACUCUUCUGAAUAGGGAAAAAUCACCUUUGGAACCAGAUCAGAAAAUGUUCCACAUGAUGAUAUAUAUGCAUAAAAAGGCUGGGAAUUAUGAAAAGGCUCGUAAGCUAUUUGUACUGAUGGCUGAGCGAGGAGUUCCGCAGUCCACUGUUACUUAUAACAGUCUAAUGUCAUUUGAAACCAAUUACAAGGAGGUUUCAAAGAUCUAUGACCAGAUGCAAAGGUCUGGCCUUCGACCUGAUGUGGUGAGCUAUGCGUUACUCAUUAAAGCUUAUGGGAAAGCUCGGAGGGAAGAAGAAGCUUUAGCUGUUUUUGAAGAGAUGCUGGAUGCGGGUGUCAGGCAAAGCCAUAAAGCUUAUAACAUUUUGCUUGAUGCAUUUGCCAUCUCUGGAAUGGUGGAGCAAGCUCGGGUGGUUUUCAAAAGCAUGAGAAGAGAUAGAUGCACCCCAGAUCUCUGCUCUUAUACAACAAUGUUAUCAGCAUAUGUGAAUGCUUCUGAUAUGGAGGGUGCUGAAAAAUUCUUCAAAAGACUCAGACAAGAUGGACUAAAACCCAACAUCGUCACUUAUGGGGCAUUGAUCAAAGGGUAUGCUAAGGUAAAUAUUCUUGAGAAAAUGAUGGAAAAAUAUGAAGAAAUGCACUUAAAUGGUAUCAAAGCAAACCAAACAAUUUUCACUACAAUAAUGGAUGCAUACGGUAAGAACAAGGAUUUUGGCAGCGCUGUUAUAUGGUACAAGGAAAUGGAGCAUUGUGGGGUCCUUCCUGACCAGAAGGCACAGAACAUUCUUCUAUCUCUGGCCAAGACAGAGGAUGAACGAAAGGAAGCUAAUCAACUUGUAGGAUAUUCAGAUGAUUGUGGUGUACAAAGCAUUAAUGGGGCUUCUAGGUUUGUAGAUGAGGAUGACAAUGGUGUGGAGACCAAUGAUGAGGAUGACUAUGAUGAAGCCGACGAGAAUGAUGAUGAGGAUGACUGUGACAGAGCAGAUGAUUUUGCAAAGACAAUUUCAUAUGGUAAAGAGCAUGAAGACUUUAUAUUUCUUAACGGGGAUGAUCAACAUAACUUGGAAGGACUGCAUGCUCUCAGCGUCAUUGAUUUGUGA